AGAGGCUAUUACUACAUUUACACAGUGCAGUCAGUGCGAGAGGUCCAGAGAGUUGACGGCAAGCGCUUUAUGUUUGAGAUCAUCAUGACAAAUGGAAAGAGGAAAGUGUUGGUGAGACAGCACUGCGGUUCGUUUGAAAGCUAAUAAAUCUGCAGGCUGUGUGUGUGGCAAGUCUGGUUUCAGGGUGCCAGUUCUGACCAAAUCCUGUCAAUUGUGACUCUAAACCACUGUCUGUCUGGUGUGUGUGUGUGUGUGUGUGUGUGUGUGUGUGUGUGUAUGUAGGCAGCAGAGACGGCAGCUCUCAGAAAAGAGUGGGUAGGACACCUGUGGCAAGCCAUGAAUCUUUCGUCCUCUGUGGUUUCAGACACCAGAGGCAGACAGCUUAAUGUGUGUGAGCAGCAGGAGAGAUAUGACUGCUCACACAGUGAGAGUGUGAAGCAGUUGCUGCCUGCCCGGCCCCUCUCUGCCCCUGCUCCUACGGGACACAUCCACCCUGAGAUCAGUAGCAUUGCAUGUCUGUCUGAGGCGCUGAACAGAGAGGAGGCCAGUGAGGUGCACCAAAGCACACUGCCGUCCAGUAGCUACCAGCAUCACAGUGGUGACAGUCUCAACAGUUCUCAGUGGUCCAGUGGGCUGAACAAUGCAGAGGACAGACAAGAAGGACUCUACGACUUUUUACCACCCAGAAACAGUGCCAGUCUCAACAGUUCUCAGUGGUCCAGUGGGCUGAACAAUGCAGAGGGCAGACCAGAAGAAGACUAUGACAUUUUGCCACCAAGAAACAGUGCCAGUCUCAACAGUUCUCAGUGGUCCAGUUGGUUGAACAAUGCAGAGGGCAGACCAGAAGAAGACUAUGACAUUUUACCACCUAGAAACAGUGCCAGUAUCAACAGUUCUCAGUGGUCCAGUUGGUUGAACAAUGCAGAGGGCAGACCAGAAGAAGACUAUGACAUUUUACCACCUAGAAACAGUGCCAGUAUCAACAGUUCUCAGUGGUCCAGUUGGUUGAACAAUGCAGAGGGCAGACCAGAAGAAGACUAUGACAUUUUACCACCUAGAAACAGUGCCAGCCUCAACAGUUCUCAGUGGUACAGUGGGUUCAACAAUGCAGAGGGCAGACCAGAAGAAGACUAUGACAUUUUACCACUUAGAAACAAGGUUUGUGACAUCAGCGCUUCAGCAGAGAUGAACGAGGGUGUGUAUGACUCUCCCAUCUCGUACAGGAAUAGUGCUGAACAUCCAAAUCCCACAGAGAGCGUCUAUGAUGUGCCGAGCUCUCUUUUGAGGAGGACGCCUGAUCACAGUUUAGUGGAUCAGCCGGCCAACGGAGCCUACUGGAGGAUAUGAGGUCCAGUUUAAGGACACAGCUGGCAGACUGGAGGGAAGCAGCAGCCUUUGAUACAAAGACUGCAUCUGGUCCAAAACUUGCAUGUGUGAUGAGUGAGAGGCUGCCUAAUAUCUCAUAGAACAAGUGCAAAUGAUUGUCUCCUCUGUUCUCUCUGUUACAACAUGCACAUCCACGACAAAGACAUUAGAGCUCAGGUAUUUAUUUCAGCUCCUUCUACAGAGAACCACAGUCAUUUAUAACUAUAGAGAACACGCUGUACAGAAAUGUCAACACAUACGCACUGUGGGUCAGUCACACUAUGGUUCACAACAGUAAAAUGACUCAUUUACAUGUCACCUGCUUCACAGUUUAAAAGUAUACACCACCAACCAUAUUGCUGUAUUACACACUUUGGACUGGUUUUAAGGGGAAUGGUUGAAGCUUGGUUCUAAAACCCUUUAUGGGUUGAAUGCAGUACAAAAACUUGUGACAGGUACACAUGAAAGGAAAAUAAAAUGCAUGCCUUCAUGUACUGUAAGCACUUUUAUGUAUUUUUUAUCCCACAU